UGAUUAGCAGGUGGGAAAAGAGCUCGCACGUAUGGGUUUCGUAUCCCAAACUACUUGUUGAUGAUCCGCGUUUAUGAGAAUUAAGUGCGAAUGGAGCACCGAGUUUGUGUGCUCGAGCAUGCCGUGAAAGAGGCGAUGCUCCGGAAACCGAGGAAAAACCAAAGGAAAAGCUGAGAGACAGAGAGAGAGAGAGAGAGAGAGAGAGAGAGAGAGAGAGAGAGAGAGAGAGAGAGAGAGAGCACAGCCUCCUUCUCCUGCCUGACGACGGACUGAAGCUUUUCCGCUGCCGCCUUCAAUCUGUCCGACACUGGACAGCGAUCGUUUCCAAGGCAAGUUCGCUGCAGUCCACACAGAGGCGGAUUAUCAUCGAGGCAGACGUUCUCAUUAGCGGAUAACGAACAUGGGCUGCGAGCUGUUUCCUUGUUCUUCACGUUCAGUUAUGGGUUUAAGUCAGUUUUAUUUUCCUCCUUUUUUGCAGCUGGAAGAAUGAAGGAGAAGAGAAGCAAAUUAAGGCGGUAGUUCUCUCAGACACUUCAGACACUGUUACUCUGUAAGAAGGGAUCACUAAGGAGAUAGGAAAUGAUUAAGACCGGGUCACGCUCUACCUCCACUGUGCCGCCUGAGCCAGUGGAGAUCAUUCGGAGCAAAGCCAGUUCACGCCGUGUGCGCCUGAAUGUUGGUGGUCUCCUGCAUGAAGUGCUGUGGAGGACACUAGAUCGGCUGCCACGCACACGCCUUGGAAAGCUGCGGGACUGCAACACACAUGAGUCCAUCAUGGAGGUGUGUGAUGACUACAGCCUGGAGGAGAACGAAUACUUCUUUGACAGGCACCCAGGUGCAUUUACAUCAAUUCUGAACUUCUAUCGCACGGGUAAGCUUCACAUGAUGGAGGAGAUGUGUGCACUCUCAUUCAGCCAGGAGCUUGACUUCUGGGGUAUUGAUGAGAUUUACUUGGAGUCAUGCUGCCAAGCACGCUAUCACCAGAAGAAGGAGCAGAUGAAUGAGGAGCUGAAACGUGAAGCAGAGACCAUGCGUGAACGUGAGGGCGAGGAGUUUGACAACACAUGCUGCACAGAGAAGCGCAAGAAACUUUGGGAUCUCUUGGAGAAACCCAGCUCUUCUCUAGCAGCAAAGGUUCUGGCCAUCAUCUCAAUCCUGUUUAUUGUUCUCUCAACCAUUGCUUUGUCUCUCAACACCCUCCCAGAGCUUCAGGACAUAGACGAGUUUGGGCAAGCAACUGACAACCCUCAGUUAGCCCAUGUAGAAGCAGUCUGUAUCGCUUGGUUUACCAUGGAGUAUCUUCUUCGCUUCCUCUCCUCACCAAACAAAUGGAAAUUUUUCAAAGGCCCAUUGAAUAUAAUUGACCUACUAGCCAUUCUUCCAUACUAUGUUACCAUCUUCUUGACAGAGUCCAACAAGAGUGUGCUGCAGUUCCAGAAUGUACGUCGAGUGGUGCAGAUCUUUCGGAUUAUGCGCAUUUUGCGAAUCCUCAAACUGGCACGCCACUCGACUGGGCUACAGUCACUAGGCUUCACAUUACGUCGCAGUUACAAUGAACUGGGUCUGCUAAUCCUCUUCUUAGCAAUGGGCAUCAUGAUAUUCUCUAGCUUGGUAUUCUUUGCAGAAAAAGAUGAAGAAGACACAAAAUUCAAAAGCAUCCCAGCUUCCUUCUGGUGGGCAACCAUUACCAUGACAACUGUGGGCUAUGGAGAUAUUUACCCCAAGACAUUAUUAGGAAAGAUUGUUGGGGGACUUUGUUGCAUUGCAGGAGUAUUAGUCAUUGCCCUACCCAUUCCUAUAAUUGUAAACAACUUUUCUGAGUUCUAUAAGGAACAGAAAAGACAAGAGAAAGCCAUCAAAAGGCGUGAGGCUCUGGAAAGAGCCAAGAGAAAUGGCAGUAUAGUAUCUAUGAAUAUAAAAGAUGCUUUUGUUCGAAAUGCAGAGCUAAUGGAUGUAGUAGUGAUGGAGAAGACAGAUGAAAACAUGGCAAAAGCAGAUAAAGUGCAGGACAACUGUCACAUGUCACCCACCCGCUGGAAAUGGACACCUAAGCGCACUAUCUCAGAAACCAGUUCCAAUAAGUCAUUCACUGUAAAGGAACAAGAAUCUCCAGUUAGAGCCACCAGCCCAAUCAGUCCCCAACACCUUAAUGUCCAGAAGCUGGAGGAGAUGUACAGCAAAAUGGCCAAAACUCAGUCCCAGCCCAACCUGAACAGUAAGGAACAAGGCAAUUUGUCAAAGUUAGCAAAGAGAAGAGAUGAAAUGGAAAUGAGAAGCAUUCCUGUAAAUCAGACACCCACCACAAUAGAAGGAGUGAUGGAUAUGAGAAGCAUGUCAAGUAUUGACAGCUUUAUCAGUUGUGCUACAGACUUUCUGGAAAGCUCCAGGUUUUCACACAGUCCCAUCUCAAACCAACCUAGCCGAGUCAGUGUCAAUCCGGGACUUGAGACAACCCUCGAGCAUGAGACCAUGCAUAAGCCUGUUGGUCCACCCAAGCCUGGACGAACAUUAUUCUCUGACAGUCCACGUGGGCUCCGCAUCAACAACCCUCUGAAAACAAGGUCUCUCAAGGUCAACUUCUUCUCAGGAGAAACAACAGGUUCUACUACAGGUUCUGAUCAGGUGGGAGGCACUGCUGCUCUUUCUGGAAGCUCUGAUCGGUCCAUUAUGAGUCCAGAAGUGUCUGUCUAUACCACUGCCAGCACCAAGACUCCACCCAAGUCUCCUGACACACUUGUACCAACUGUUUUCACAUUUCAUGAUGCAUCAAUCAGCCAGUACAUUGAUGCGGAUACAGAUGAUGAUGACCACGUUCAUGAUGGACCAGACUCUAGUCCUUCUGAACGUCUGUUAGGUAAUACAAGCCCCAAGCUCACCAACAGUUCUUACCAAAGAGGAGCAAACCACCUCGAUUUGUCUCAGAGAAUGCUGGGCCAAAACAGUCUAUUCUCCCUGGAGGGACGUUCAAAGGGACAAGAAAAUCAUAUGAUUUCAGGAGACAGAGGACACUCUAAAACAUUAACUGAAAAUAAAUAAAACAGGGAAUGUAGCCUAUAACAACUGGAAUUAUAGAAAGCUGAUGACUAUAAUUUAACAUUAUUCUAAAUCUUCACAAAUCAUAAGAGUUUCCAUGCUAAACAUGGACAGAAUAUUGAGUAGAUUCAGUAGAAAAAUUUUUUUAGAUCAUUUGCUGCUCAAGACAGCAAGCUGUUGGAAUUACAGAAACAUCCAGCCAAAAUGCAGUUCAAGGAUUGCUAAUUAAAAUGGCUAAAGCUUGAAAUGUAUAACCCCAAUAGAUUCCAAACACAAAUUGUUGAAUUAGGUAUUUCCUAAAGCCAUUUAGUGCAAAGAGCCAUUUUUGAACUAUGAUUCUUCCUCAAAACUGGCCUUAGUUUUAUGUAUGAGCAGUAAGAGUAGUAUGUGUUGUACUACCAGUACAUGUUGCAGGUCUGUGUAUUUAAUCACAAAGGGAUUGCAUGUAUGACAAUGAGAAGAGAAACCAAAAUGAUAAAGGAACAUGUAAACAGCUGACAACAUGUAAAAGACACUGUUUUGUGUAAACAGAUCCUACAUUUUCCCAUCUCUUUAAUCCAACCAUUUAUAAAUAUUCCUCUGAGGAGAUAUGCAAGCAGAGUGAUUUCAGAGGAUAUAGGCACUGUGAUUUGCUGUCUUUGGUCAAAUCAUGUUACAACCCACUCUUGAGAGGAACUAAUGUGUCUGUUUUUCUUAUUUGAUUAUGCAUACAGUUCUUUUUUUUUUUUUUUUUGUUAUGGAUGUAUGAAUAUUAAUUGUGGAAUUACUCUUCAAAUGCUUAUAAAACACAAAGACAUUGUCUAAAGCAUUUGUUGAAGCCAUGCUCUUCAGUUGAUUGACUAAUAUUUAUCAACACGGAGCACAAACCAUUCUUUCCAGAACUGAUGGGACAGCACUGAAAACACUUUUUACAGCAUUUGGGAAUGACAACGGAAAGUUUGAUGUUGCUGAUUGUAUAAAGAACAAUGAUGGGAGUCACAUACUCUUCUAAAUGAUAGUUAGAUACUUCAGCAGUUGUGAAUUACAAUAGACUUCGGUGUGGGUGGGGUGAAGAAUUGUAAAUGUAUAUUUUUAAAAUACUUUCUAGAGAAUGGAAGUAGAGAAUGGAAUAAAUUAUGCGAAUCUCUUAGUUUUGCAUAGUAUAAAAUAUUUAUUUUAAAGGGAUUGUAUUUACUAAAUAAUUUAGACGGAAAACCUCUUUGUAUUGUUUGCUACUGUCUCCUAUAUGUCUAUGUAUAUGUUGUGAAAUACUUCUGUCCUUUUGUUCACUUAUCCUUUGUAUGAUAAAUUAAGCCAAAGACAUGAACACUAAUGAGGCUGACACACACACGCGCUCGCACGCACAUACGCACACACGCACACAUGCACACACGCGCACACACACACACACACACACACACACACACACACACACACACACACACACUUGUAAUGUCUCUCUAAACAGGUCUAAAAUUCUAGAGCACCCUAAAGCAAUGGAACCUGUUUGUUUCAUAAACUAUAUUUUAGGGAGAUUUUUGAUACAGUUUACCUUACAUAUGGAACAAUUAACUGCCACAAAUGAGGAACAAUUUAGUUGAGCCUAUUUGUCAUACAUAAUUCAUGAAAUAUUCAAUAAACAGGACUAUAGAGCUUUAAAAGCUUAGAAUUACAGCACAUUAACACUUCUGUCAUGUCACAUCUGCAGAAAAUACUGCCUUGCCUUAAAUCAUCAAAGAAUUCUCAAAAAUAUAAAAAACAGAAAUAAAAAUAUUAAGAUAGACAGACUGUAUGUUCCAAUAACAAAAGGGUGUUUGCUGCCUUAGAAGCCAUAAUACACCAAUACACAUAAUGCACCAACCUGUAAAUCAACACUGCAAUGAGACGCAUUGUAUAAACUUAUAAGCACACAAGUACUCACAAAACCAUUGCACACAGAAACUACUACGGCUUAAUCAACUUAAACACUCACUAGGGAAAGACUCUUUUUGAGACUGUCUUAGUGUCCCUCCUGCCCCUGUGUCUGACAGAUUUAGGUCACAUCCAUUUCAUCUAAUUGAUCCAACUCUUUUCUGCUCCCCAUCAAAUGAAAGAUUUACUGCCAGUCAUACUAAAGCCAUUAGCACAGGUGCUAAUUGCAAAUGGUGUUAAUUUGUAGCCUGACCUCAGAGUGGUGCAUGACUAAUGGUGAGGAUGAUUACUUGCAUUUUUAUGGAUUUGCCCAAGUAAUAUCUAUGUCAAGAAGUGGAAGGCAUUUAAUUGAGAAGUCAUUAUAUAAAGUUAAAACUCUAUGUCUAAAAUUCUGUGCAUGAGGUGGACUAAAAGUCAGAUUUUGUCAGUUUAAUUCAGGUUUUAAAAAGAAUUUUACAUGAUACUUCCUUCUUUUCUUUUCUGGCUGUUUUUACAUUAAAUGAAGUGGAUGCGUUCUCACCUUGUCUAUGUUUACCUAAAGACAGAGCAUCUAAAUGAACAAGUACAGCAAGCAAUUAAAGCAUUAAAAAAGUCACGCUAGAGGUAUUUCAAUAAACCACAAAACUCUGACAACAUUAACAUCAAUUAACAUCUGCACCAAAAUGAUGACCACUUUUGAUGAAGGAAUGUUAGUAAGAGUCAUUUUAAAUUUCACAUUUGUAUCCCUCAUGAA